AUGGCGAGCCUCAAACGCAAAGCCGAGACGUCGGCCAACGGGGCCGAAGCCAAGAAACCAAGGGCCAACGGAUCCAUUGCCUCCUUCUUCGGAGCUGCUGCCCCCAAGCCGGCUGGUGAGGCGGCGGCGGCAGCAGCAGCAGCAGCCGCCGGCGGCGGCAGGUUCGACAAGCAAAAGUGGCUGGCUGGCCUGACGGCGGAGCAGAGGCAGCUCCUCAAGCUGGAGAUUGACACGCUGCACGACAGCUGGCUGGCGCACCUAAAGGACGACCUCCUGACCAAGGAGUUUCUGGAGCUGAAGCGGUUCCUGGACCGGGAGACCAAGGCUGGCAAGACGUGGUUUCCCCCAAAGGAGGACGUGUACUCGUGGUCCCGUCACACGCCCUUGCACACCGUCAAGGUGGUCAUUGUCGGCCAAGAUCCCUACCACAACGUCAACCAGGCCCACGGGCUGGCCUUUUCGGUUCGACCUCCCACGCCGGCGCCCCCGUCCCUCAAGAACAUGUACAUUGCGCUCAAGAAGGACUAUCCGUCCUUUGCGGCGCCCCCGCAACGCGGCGGCCUGCUGACCCCGUGGGCGGAUCGCGGCGUGCUCAUGCUCAACACAUGCCUGACCGUGCGAGCGCACGAGGCCAACUCGCACUCCAACCGGGGCUGGGAGCGCUUCACCCAGAGGGUCAUCGAGCUCGUGGCGCAGAAACGCACGCGGGGCGUCGUCUUCAUGGCCUGGGGCACGCCCGCCGGAAAGCGCGUGCAAAAGAUUGACAAGCAGCGGCACCUGAUCCUGCAGAGCGUCCAUCCCAGCCCGCUGAGCGCCGCCAGGGGCUUCUUUGACUGCCGGCACUUCAAGACUGCAAACGAGUGGCUCGUCAAGCGGUACGGCGACGAGGGCGAGGUCGACUGGGCUCUGUGCCCGGGGACCACGACCAAAGCCAAGCAUCCCGCCCCCGUCGUCCCCGCGGCGGAACCAGAACCCGCGGUCGAGGCGGAGCCGGAGGCCCAGCCGGACGGGCCGGUCGGGAAGAGCCUCGAUCCCGAGGGCAAGGGUGCGGAGGACGACGAUGUGGACUCGGAGGAUGAGGCGGCACUGGAAGAAGCUCUACGCCUGGCCGAGGAGGAGGUGAAACGGGAGUGA